UGUAAAUACCAUCACUACUCACGUGUAUGACGAACGGAGCGCAGGCGUACGCUGGGUAUCCAGCAUCCCAGCGAGGAGAUAUAAGACCAGUGACACCCCCGUUUGACUUCAGUGCGAAACCGAUGACUGGGAGUUUAACAACUGCAGUCUGUCAAUUCAAACGAGUAAUUGAAAUAACAUUCAACAACAAUUGAGCCCAAAAACUGAAGUGUUCGUGAACACUAUUUGUGCUGACAUAAAUUAUUCUAAUUAAUCAUACAAAAUACCAAUUGCAAUUGGAUACAAACAGUGCAAUUAAGUAACUUAAUCCCUCACUGAUAAUCUUGAUCGUACGUUAUCAACCCACCAUCAGGAGAUCCAUCGUAAUCAGCAAAAGCUGAUUCGCGAAUCGGUUGACAUGGAAGACACGAUGAGACUAACUGACUCAUCCCUCUAUCAAACCGACGAGUGCAGUACAGACAGUGGCUGCAGCAGUGGUGGCUCGACCGGAAGUGCUGAGCGUCUCUCCAAGAGCCGAAAUCACGACAGGAGCUCCUCGAGGAGUCGUUGCUUCCAUCGCUUUCGCAAUCAUGAGACAUCGACGAUUCGAUCGCAGGAGCGUUUGUCCAGAUCCAGUCUCAGCAGUCAGAAUGGUAGAUCGAAUAACAAAUCGUCGAGGUCAUGGAGUCCCAGUGACAACCGCAAUCACUCGAGGGAAUCACCGUCUCACUCGUUGAGCCCCUCCGAUGGCCAGAGCACGGACAGUGACUCGCUGAAGAGGACCUCGAAAACUGAUAUUCUGACGCGGGCACUGCACUGCCUCAAAAUCGGCGUUUUCGAGAACAAUGGCAAGGAGAAGAAACUGACGAAGAAGAGCCCCAAGAGGAUCCUGAGAGAGCCCGUUUCCUAUACUUAUGUGAGGGGAUUGUCUGGACUACCAACCCAAAGAGUGCCACGUAAUGCUAGUCAAUGUUGUUCACCGUGCACUUGUAAUGAUAUGAGAUUGUACAGAAAGAACAUUGAUCGCAGAUAAAUGUGACGGUUUGAGGAUGAAUUGUGAAGUGAUGAGAUUUAACAGAAUUGAACAAAUCGAUUUUUCAAUCUUGUCAAGAGUCUUAUUAUAUGGGUAAUCUGGGCAACUGUAUUUGCGAGAAUUUGGUUGAUGAUUUUUUCAAUCAAGUCGGAUAGUUUAUUUUUUCAUUUGAAUGAUCUUGGAGAUUGAUUUCUGUUGAUUUUUUUAUUCGGCGGAAUUUCAACGAAUGUAUGAAACUAAAAUUAAGAUCUUACUCGCUAGUACCGAACGAUUGGUCACAAUCGUUCAGUGAUAAAAUCUGAGUAUAUUAAUUACUCGGAUUAGGAGUACGAUGAUGUGGUAAAAUUAUGGUGGAUUUUCGAUUAGUUGUAGGUCGAGGAAAAUAUUUAUUUUGUGGUCAGAGGUAACAGAAGUCUGAUAGUUUAUCUUGUGAGCUUAAAUUGAAUUAAUUUUAUUCUUCGUUGGGAUUUUAACGAAUGACUGAAACUAGGAUUAGAAUCGUAAUGUCAAGAUUUCAAACUAAAAUGAUUGUUUACAUUGCUGAGUGAUAAAAUCACAAAAAAAAUUGUACCCAACGAUUGGGAUCGGGUGUCAAUGAACUCGUAGGGACUUUCGCAGAACCUCGCGCUAUUAUUAAGAAUAAACUUCAGUAAUUAUCAGUGAAUAUCAACUCGAGACUAUUGGAAAUUAAUGAGGAGUGAAGGCGAUUGGUAAUCGAAGAGAUAAGAUUGCCCUACUUUUUACACAGUAUAUGAAUUGAGAUAAUUGAUAAAAAUAUUCCCGACUCUUUCGAUGCAAAUACUUGAGGUAACGCAGGAGCUUAAAAAUCGUAUUCAAUUAAAAUUUUCUAAAGUCACAAUUGUGGCUGUAAUUAACUCGAUGAAAAUUAAAUAAUUGCUCACUUUUAUAUGAACGACGAUGAAAUAAGUUAGAAUGAGAAUAUUGAAGUGUAGAUGCGAUUGAAUUUCCUUGUUUUAUUUCAAUUUAACAAUUCACGUAAACAAUGAUCAACGAUAUUCACUGAAAAAUCAAUUAUUUAUAUUAAAUAACAUUUUAAAUCCCAAUGAAGGAGUUUAAGAAUUGCCUAAAUUGUAUUAUUGAAUAAGUAACGUGUCAUAUCAUGUCUCCCAUCACAAUAACAAGAUCAAUUAAGGGAGGAGCGUAACUAUGAUCAAUUUAAUUAUGGUGAAAUUUAAUUGUCACAUUAUGAGGGUAAAAUAUCGUUUUCUCCCGAGAUACUAUUUAACACUGAGAAAUUCAUUAGAAUUCUCUCUUCGAAGGGAGAAGAUGAAUAAGUUGAAGUAAAAAAAAAAUGAAAUAGACCAUUCUUACGAUUAGACCAUGCAUUAAUAAUUCUAAUUAAUUUUAAAGAAAAAUCUAAGAAUAAUGUUUGAUUGAUGCAAUGACGAAACAAUUUUUUUCGUAAACAAUUACCAUUUAUUCGAAUCAAUUACAAUUAAUAAUUCUCGGAAAAGAGAGACCGGUGCGAUAUCCAAUCUAGUGCCUUGUAGAUACUCUUCCCCUUCCCCCUCCCUCUCUCCCAUCCGUGUGACUGAUGUUAUUAUUAUAAGCUAUGUAACGACCACCAAAUCAUGAAAUAAUUGAAAAUCAAGAACGUAAGACAAUGUAAAUGCGAAUGAAAUUAACACUUCACUGGAAUGUGAAUGUUUUAUAUGCCAACUCUAUGUAAACAUAAUCUACGGUCUAAUAAACGUUUUUCAUGAUA